AUGCUGUACACUUACUCUACCACUGCACGCACACCGCUGGUGUGGUCGUGGGUGCUGCAGUCCGAGGCGUCCCAGGCGCUGCAGGAGGUGGUGCGCUUCGACAAGCCCUUCUUCAUUGUGUGUUUCAACCACACCAUGACGGCGGUCGUUCUACCGCUGGUAGUGGGGUUCUACUGGAUCACAGGGGAGAGGGAGAACGCACUGGACGUCGUGGACGUGCUCAAGCGCCACUCGGUCAUCCCGUUCGACAAGUUAUGCUGGAUUUCGGCCUGCCUGAGCCUGUUCUACCUCUUCGCGGACUAUUUCUGGUACGCGGCACUGGCCAACGUGAGCCCGUCUUUUGGCAAGAUCUGCGGCGUCUUCACGUCCUUCGUGGGGGUCACGAUGGUCGUCAUGUUCCAGGACGGGAGCGACGUCGGUGAGAUCGCUGGUACCAGCCUCGUUGCGGGUUUGCUGGUGGUUGUCUCUGCGGCGUUGUACCGCGGCUACGUGGUCGCGCUCAGACUCGCGGUGGGGGACGACAUCACGGACACCACGACGCUGCUGGCGAUGACGGGGCUCUGUGAGCUGUUCACCGUUCCGCUGUCGAUUGUGGGGAGUUUUGCACUGGCGUACAGUCCCUUCGAGUCGCUCCAAGAGCCGCUGGGAUUCCCCGUGACUGGGCAUGGAGUGUUCUUGCUGCUACUGAGUGGAAUGAUGGCGGUUGUGUUCAACAUUUUCUUGCCGUUUGUGGGCGUGAUGCUGACGAUCCCGCUCUCGGGGGUCAUUGACACGUUGAUGCAUCACACGGCGUUUAGUUGGCAGUGUAUUGUCGGGUCAGCGUUGGUGAUGGGAGGUUUUGGGAUCUUGGAGUACUGCAAUGGGCCUCCUGAAGCUUCGAAUUACACCGAAGAACCUGACAGCAUGAUAGCUCUGGUGUUGAGGAAGGAAUUGGAGGGGAAUUAA